AUGGAUAUAUCAACGCUAUCUAUAGAAAAUGAUCCUAAAUCCAAUAGGAAGGUAAUUAAUAAAACAUACCGCAUAAUAAAAAAGAUAGGACAAGGUCAGUUUGGUAAGGUUUUACUAGCAGAGAAUAUAGGAAAGCAGAAUGUUCAAAAAUCAUGCACAACCGUUGCUAUAAAAACUAUAAACCGACUUGAUAAGACGAGAUUGAUCACCAAAACAUACCUUAAUCAUACAACCAAAAUAAAGAGAGAAAUACAGAUUAUGAAAGAAUGCAAUCAUCCCAAUGUCGUGAAAUUAUAUCAAGUAAUAGACGAUCUUAAGUAUGACAAGAUUCUUUUGGUGUUAGAAUAUUGCCCGUUUGGAGAAAUAGAUUGGAAAAAAUACAACCACUACAAUGAAAAGUACAAUAAAAAAGACGGAAUUACAAUAAAUAAAAUACUAAGAGAUGUUGUUAAUGGAUUAGAAUACCUUCAUGAUUAUAAAAAAAUUAUCCAUAGAGAUUUGAAACCAUCGAAUUUGCUUAUCAGUGCCGACAAGACAAUUAAGAUAUCUGAUUUUGGAGUGAGUUUAAUUUUAGAAAAUAAUGCCAAUGACGACAAAGAAUUAGGUAAAAGUAUGGGAACACCAGCAUUCUUUGCCCCUGAAUUAUGCCAGUUCGUGAAUAAUAGAUUAUCGAUGAUUAAUGAUAAUUUCAAAGCAAAGAAUAAGAUAGAUUCCAGAAUUGAUUUAUGGUCCCUAGGGGUAAUGUUGUACUGUUUAAUAUUCAAUGAUUUACCAUUUAAUGGAUUUAAUGAGUUCGGGUUGUUCAAGAAUAUUGUUAAUAAAGAUUUGAAAUUUCCUCGAAUCAAGAGCACAACACACACUACUAAGGAUGAUUUGAAGGAACUAAAAUUGUUGAAGGAUUUGAUAGAGAAACUAUUAACUAAGGAUCCCACAAAGCGAAUUACCCUAGAGAAAGUAAAACAUCAUGGCUUUACGUUAUUUGAUAUAACUCCCGAUGAGCAAGACAAAUUCCAAGAUUUUAAUCGUCAAAUAAUACGACAGGAUGGAAGUCUAACAACAAAGAUAAAGAGACUCUUCAUAAACAAACCGGAGUCACCUGUAUCACCUAAACUUCCAAUUGUUGAAAAUGAACCAAACCCUAGUUCCCUUGAGCCAGUGGACGAUUUGCUUGAUUCAUAUUUUGAUGAUUCAUCAUCAUUAGGGUCGUAUGAAGAAACAGCUGAGGUUGACACAAACAAUUUACUAGAGUCAUUGGACACAAAGGAAAGUACUCCAUCAGCAGAAAAUAAACCAAACAAUAUAUUAAACUUAGAAUUUUUAUCAAAAGAUAAUAAUAGUCAUAAGCGUACUAAUAAGAACGUUCCAACACCGUUAGAACUAAGUCAACCCCCUCCACACCCAUACACUUCGAGAUCGGCUUCAUCAUCUUCAAGUCAUUUUCAGUCACCCUUAUCUCCAAGCUCACCCAAUGCCAAUGCAGUCACUAUUGGUGCCGAUUCUCCCUCAUCUAUUAAGUCUAUGUUCAGUCCUUCUAAGAGGUUCUUUGCAAGAAACAAGAACAAGGAAUCGACCAGUCCUAACAAGAAAACUCAUACAAUAAGCUCAUUAUCGAACAGCUCGUCACUAAAAUCAAAAAACAAUGAUAAGAAAUCUACGGUCUACAAUGAUCUUAUGGAACCACCACCUAUUUUUGGAGCCACAAGCUCAACUUUGAGUGUAAAUCAUCCCCCCUCAUCAACGUGCUCUCGUAAGAAUUCUAUAUCAUCCGUGAAGUCGAGUGGUCUAAGCAGAAUUACAAGCUCCAGCUCUUCAUUGAAUUUAAAUGCAUAUUUGACGGACGAUACCUAUUCUUUAUCGUCCAUGAAAGACCCUGCCAUUACUGAGAAAUUCAGGACUAAUACUUCUAAUAAUAGUCAUCAAGGCGUAACCGAUGAUGAUCCUGAUGAAGAUGUGGAUGAGACGUUUAUCCUCCCGGAUCACGAGCAAUCUGAUAUGAAACAAUAUUCAAGCAUGUCUGACUUCCUAGAUAGAAUAUAA